AUGUACUUGUCUGCAGAGAAUAACGGAUUGAAUGCAUUGCAUCUCGCAUCAAAAGAGGGUCAUGUAAAUAUCGUUCAAGAACUUCUUUCUCGUGGUGCCAAUGUCAAUGCAGCGACAAAGAAAGGAAAUACCGCUCUUCAUAUUGCCUCCUUAGCUGGCCAAGAAGAAGUUGUUAAACUUCUAGUUAAAUACAAUGGAAAUAUCAAUUGUCAAUCACAGAAUGGUUUUUCUCCUCUGUAUAUGGCUGCACAGGAGAAUCAUCUUGAAGUGGUCAAGUUUCUGCUCGCUAAUGGCGCUAAUCAAAGUUUGGCCACUGAGGACGGAUUUACACCGUUGGCUGUUAGCUUACAACAAGGUCAUGAUAAAGUAGUGGCUAUUCUUUUAGAAAACGAUUCGAAAGGGUCAAAAGUACGCCUUCCAGCACUACAUAUUGCUGCUAAGAAGAAUGAUACCAAAGCUGCUGCUUUACUUUUGCAAGGCGAUAGUCAACCGGAUCUCAAUUAUAAGUCUGGAUUUACUCCAUUACAUAUCGCAGCUCAUUAUGGUAAUUUGGAAGUGGCACAGUUAUUGAUUGCUCGCGGUGCGGAUGUCAAUUAUGCAGCUAGUCAAAAUAUAACACCGCUACAUGUGGCAUCGAAAUGGGGCAAAGAAAAUCUUGUCAAAUUGUUACUUGAAAAGGGAGCCCAAAUCGAUGCGAAGACAAAAGAUGGUCUCACACCACUUCACUGUGCGGCGCGAUCAGGUCAUGACCAAGUAGUUGAUUUAUUACUUGAAAGCGGUGCUCCAUUCGGGGCGAAAACAAAAAAUGGUCUCUCAGCGUUACACAUGGCCGCUCAAGGUGAUCACGUCGACGCCGCACGUAUCUUACUGUAUUAUAAAUCUACUUUAGUAGAUGAUGUUAGCUCGGAUUAUCUUUCUGCGUUACAUGUAGCAUCUCAUUGUGGAAAUUAUAAUGUUGCUAAACUUUUAUGUGAACGUCGUGCUGACGUCAACGCCAAAGCAUUAAAUGGUUUCUCAUGUUUACAUAUAGCAUGCAAGAAAAAUCGCUUAAAGCUGGUUGAGCUAUUGAUUUCUAACGAUGCAGAUAUCGAAGGCAAAACAGAAUCAGGUUUAACAAGUUUACACGUCGCUGCAUUUGUCGGCAGCCAUGAUAUCGUGGUGUAUCUCUUACAACAUGAAGCGAAUAUCGACGCGGUCACCAUUCGUGGAGAGACACCGUUACAUUUAGCAACACGAAAUAACCAAGUUGAUAUUGUUCAAACUUUACUUCGAUUUGGCGCAACUGUUGAUGCAAAAGCAAAAGAAGCACAAACAUGUUUGCAUUUGGCCACGCGAUUAGGAAAUAUCGAAAUUGUCAGUUUAUUAUUGCGAGCAAACGCAUUCGUUGAUAAUGAAACAAAAGAUGGCUAUUCAAGUUUACACAUUGCGGCGAAAGAAGGUCAUGAAGAGAUAGCUAGUUUACUGAUCGAUCACGGAGCGAAUCUAAAUCUAUUCACAAAAAGAAAUUUUUCUGCUCUACAUAUUUGCAGCAAAUAUGGAAAUAUCAAAGUCGCUAAUCUUCUUUUACAGAAAGGAGCAACACCCGAUAUUCAAGGCAAAAACGAUUUAACUCCAUUACACUGUGCUGUUCAUUAUAAUCACAGCAAUGUUGCACUCCUUCUCUUACAACAUGGCGCAAGUCCGCAUGUAACAGCACGCAACGGUUAUACACCGUUACACAUCGCUGCAAAGAAAAAUGCAUUGGACAUCGCUGAAAUGCUAUUAGAAUAUAAUGCAAAUACCAAUGCGCAAUCAUCAGGUGGUUUUACACCUUUACAUUUAAGUUGCCAAGAUGGUCAUUCAGAUAUGACUUAUCUUCUUUUGGCUAAUCAUGCUGAUCCGAAUAUUGCAUCUAAAUGUCAUCUAACACCAUUACAUCUAUGCGCACAAGAAGAUCGAGUGAAAUGUGCCGAAGCAUUAGUUAAUAAACAGGCCAAUAUCGACGCUCAAACACUUAGUGGUUACACGAGUUUACAUGUCGCCUGUCACUUCGGUCAGAUCAAUAUGGUUCGAUAUUUGCUUCAAUUGGGUGCCAAUGUUAACAUUGAAACAAACCUUAUGUUUACACCACUUCACUCCGCUGCCCAACAAGGACAUGUUAUGAUUGUUAAAUUAUUACUCGAACAUGGCGCAUCACCAAACAAAACCAAUAAACAUGGCAUGACUGCUCUGUCUAUAGCACAGCGUCUCGGUUAUAUUUCUGUGGUUGAAGAACUUAAAGUCGUGACUGAAACAACAAUUGCUAGUAAACACGAAUUAAUCACUGAAGAACGUUAUAAGAUUCAAGCACCAGAAGUUUCACACGAAGAACAUCCAUUGACCGAUUCCGAAGAUGAAACAGAUAUGCUCGGUGAUGCUAGCUCGAACGUUCAUAUGCAAUAUUUGCGUGAAGGUGUUUUAAUGACUGAAGCAGAAGAGAACAAACUUAAUCAAACAUCGUUUAACAAAGAAGAACCUGAAUACCCGAUGUUGGCUGGUAAAGAUCACUGGACCGAAAGUCGAGACAAUUUACAUGAUCAUCAAACACCGGCAUUAGCACCGCAAAACUUAGUCGCUGAUAAUGAGGUUAUCACCAAACCACGUCAUGGAGGGGAACGUUUUCAGUGCCGAUCAUUUUUGGUAAGCUUUUUGGUCGAUGCUCGCGGUGGUGCAAUGCGGGGCUGUCGUCAUUCGGGAGUUCGUGUUAUUAUUCCGGCAAAACGUGCUAGUAUGCCAACCCGGAUCACAUGUCGAUUUGUUAAACGAGAGAAAUUAACGGUACCCCCACCAAUUAACGAAGGCGAAGCUUUGGCAGCACGUGUUUUGGAAGUUGGGCCUGUUGGCUGCAAAUUUCUCGGACCUGUCAUUCUCGAAAUACCGCACUUUGCUUCGUUACGAAAUUAUGAACGUGAAAUCGUUGUUCUACGAAGUGAUAAUGGCGAAAAAUGGACCGAACAUACCGGUCCAAUUACAGAUGAAGCUGUCCGCGAAGUCUUUGGCGAUACUGUUGAUUCCGAAGAUUUACAAAAUGCUGACGAACUUCAUUCGCGACGAAUCACUCGAAUUAUAACCAAUGACUUUCCACGAUUCUUUGCAUUGAUUACACGCAUGCGGCAAGAAGCACAAUUUAUUGAUGAACAAGGUGGUUUGCUAACAUCAACAAUAAUUCCAACGGUUCAAGCGCAUAUACCUGAAAAAGCUUUGCAAAAGCGUAUCCGAGUCUCGCUUCAUGUUUUACCAAUAUCGGCUCAAUUGGUGCAACGUUCAUAUGGCUCACGUAUCCAUGUAAGUCCCGUUGUUACUGUUGAACCACGCCGUCGUAAAUUUCAUAAACCAAUUACAAUUACAAUUCCAUUACCCAACAAAACAUCUACAUCAAGAAAACACUCACAUCCACAUCAGCAUGGAAAUGCUUAUACGAGUGAUUCCCAAACACUUCGACUAUUAUGUAGCAUCACGGGCGGCACACAUGCAGCUCAGUUUGAUGACAUUACAGGACAUACACCAUUGACAUUCUCAAAUGAUUGUGCAACAUUUACAACGACUGUCUCAGCUCGAUUUUGGUUAGUCGACGCUCAAGGUGUUUCUGAUGUUCUUAAAUUAGCACAUGAAAUCUAUCGUGAAGCAACAUCAGUUCCAUAUAUGUCUCGUUUCAUUGUCUUCGCUAAACGACACGAUCCAAACGAAGCACUCGUUCGCAUUUUUUGCAUUACUGACGAUAAAGAAAAUAAAACUCUCGAGAUGCAAGAACAUUUCACUGAAAUAGCCAAAUCAAAAGAAGUUGAAGUGGUCAAUGGCAAUUCGAUUUAUAUCGACUUACAAUCGACGAAUUUACAAACGAUUAUCAAAACAAAUGAACAAUUAACAUUAGUUUUUCGUGCAUUUAAAGAGAAUCGUUUACCAUGUGUUGUUCGUUUACGUGAUCAAGAACAAGAACCAUCGGGUCGAUUGAUUUUCUCGAAAGAUAAUGGUAAAUUAACAUCCAUUCAACGAACAACAUCAAUUACAAUGACCAAUGGACAAGCGUCGGCAUUGUCGUCCACAACAGUCAUUGAUCCUCAAACAUUACAAACAAUUUGUAAUUUGAAUAUUCUUAUUCCUGCGUAUGAUAAGGAUUUACUCGAAAAUGAAGAACGUCUUCGUGCAUUACAUUCGGUUGAACAUGAUCGUAAUUCAGAAAGCUGGAAAUCGGAUGAUAUGUAUCGAAAAGGAGAAAUCCGUUUGACUGAUAUUGCUCGACUCCUCGGUAGCGAUUGGCCAGCACUCGCUGCUGAACUUGAAUUGAGUGAAGAUGAAGUCACGAAAAUCAUGGACGAAUUUGGAGAAAAUGCUUCUUUACACAUGUUACGUUACUGGCUCAAAUCACGAGGAACAGACGCUACUGGAAAUUGUCUUCAACAAGCGUUACGUAAAAUUGGAAAAGAAAAUAUUGUUCAUAAUUGUGUAUUUAAUAUCGAAUGGGUCACCGAUGCUGCUGAAAAGGAACUGGCCAAAUCACGUCUUCAUAGUCGCGGUGGCAGUGUAGAUGGUAUUGCAGCAGGUGGACGUCGAUUGGACGAAGGUUUCGAAAGUGAUGAUGAAUACGAACGUCGUCGACAUGGUAAAUCCAAUUUAAUUAUCGAUGAUUCAAACCGAAUUUCGGCAAUGACAACAAUUAUAAAAACUAUCACAUUCGAAGAAACAGCAGAAGAUGAACUAGGAGGAAAGAAGACAAGCAGUGAAACAGUAACACCACAAUUUAAACAAUUAGAACCUUUGAAAAUGGUUAAACGGGACCUAUCCAAAGACUUCAUCCCCUCGUCAUCUUCUGCAUCCAGUGUUGAUACAAUUGUGACCGUCUCCAUGAGAAAAAGUCUAGGUGAACGUGAUGGUCCGUUACAUUUUGUUGAUUCGAGUAAAACAACAACACCAGCAUCUCGUUGUGGAGGAUAUUUUUCUGUUUAUCAUCCACCGAAUUACUCAGCUGAUCUCGAUGAUCCUUAUCAUGCAUCAUCGAAACAACAAACUAAUGCAGAUUUGGCUGAAGGACGUACAACACCAACAGCUAAUGAGGAAUUUCAAUCAAAAAAAUCUUCAAAAAAAUUUGGUGAUUUCGGAAUUGUGAACAUUGUUCAAGAAGCAACACCGAUCUUACCAGAUAAUCAACCUGCAAUCUCAUCGGUUCAAUCAGAUACACUCACUGACCAAUCAAAAACAACAACUCAACAAUUAGCUGAGCAAACAUCUCAAGCUUUAGAUGAUAUUCCAUCUACACGUGUUAAUCCAACACCUGUAGGUGAGCGUUUUAUAAAGUCGAGAAUAAUUCCUGAUCAAGCACGUGCGAUAGCAAACGCAUUCAAGCAUGCUGUCGUUCGACCGCUGAAAAGGACAAUCACGAAAAAGAAAUCAGAUGAUGGUGCACAUUCGACUGAACCACCAUUGACAAGUUCCCAUCAGCCAUAUGUUCAUUCGCUUUCUACCAAUGAUCAUUUUGAUCAACAAGGCAAUGAAUUCUCCAUUAGUUCAUGUGAAUCUAUCAGUCAAACAACAUUCACACCACCACCAGCUAAACCACCGCGUCAAAAUGACGAAUCGGACUCGCUAUCGUCGGUGGACAUCACGCCUAUUCCACCGGCGAAGCCGCCGCGACAUUUCUCUCUCUAUAGUAAUAAAAGUUUGAUGCAACAAACAGAUACUGCUGUAAAAAAAGUUCUGAAUCUCGCUGAUGCGUUUGGCAUUGUUUCCAAUGACGAUACUGAUAUAAGUAUUUUACGUACAACACCGCCGGACAUGAGCCAAUCAGGAAAUUUACACGUUUCCGAUAGUUUACAAACUCUUCAAUCGUUCAUAGUCGAUGCAAGUCGACUGGUCACAAACACAGAUACGCCAGUGAUGACAAAAUCAUUUGAAUUCGAAUCAGAACAGCCAAGAAGAGUUAACCUGAUCUCAUCAUCCGUUGAGAAAUCAGCUAAAGAAAUCGUUCCAGUGAAGAUCAUUCAUUUCGCCACCGAAUUGGCUGAAACAAUCUUGCGAGAAACUCAAGAAUGUGUUACGACAUCGACUCCAUCAUCGAAGACAUCUAGUAAUAAUACUUCAUCAUUUCCUCAUUCGAUUGUCACAACUCAUAUUUCACCGACUCCUCCUUCGUUGGCACGUCCAUUAAUGUUUGUUUCAUUUCAAACUCAACCCGGUGUAACUCCCAAGAUUGUUUCGCCACUGCGCGAGAUUGUGACUAUCAAGCCGACACCAAUAGUCACAACAUCAGUCACUGUUGUCAGCACACCGACGACAUUACUUUCGUCGACAACAUCUGUCAACGCUAAUGAAGAUGAAACAGAUCAGCCUGUGACAUCCGCUUCUAAUAGUAAUAGAAUUUUUAACCAAUUGGAAUCUACCGAAAAUACUUCUCGUGAAAGUAAUGCGAAUUUCGAAGUGAGCAUAGCGCGUGAUAAUACAGUAUUUUUUCCAGAAAAUGCUGAUAAUAUCACAUCAGUUCGUUCAUUUUCGGGCAAUUAUGAUAAUUCACAUGUAUCGAACGGAAGUUUUCAAGACGAUAACAAUCAUCAACCACAAGAUACGUCACCAUCGACAACGAGAUGUUCGACACCAUCAUCGUCAUCGACAGCCACACUCUACGAAAGCUUAGAUAACUUUUCGACAUCGACCGCAACAAGUCCAACGUACGUUUCAGCAGCUAGUACAUUCAAUACCGGUGUUACUUUGACUCCAACGCAACAUUUCAAUUCUGAUACAAGUGAUGAUGAUACGAUAGAAAGCCUUUCUCAAGCGUCGACACCCACAGUGGAACUUAUGGAAAAUACUAUCGAAUCGCUUGAUGAAUGUGAUAUAUCAUAUGCAACGAAUGUUCUUGCUCAAGACAAUCCGCCUAGUCAUCAUCAAGAUAAUCUCGAUCCAACAACUCUUCAAUCUUCCAUUGGACACGAAGCUCAAAAUGAUUCGAGAAAUCAAUAA